AUGGAGAAGGGGGUGUGGAUGACUGGAGUCAGCCUGCUCCUCAGCGGCUCUGCCCUCCUGCUGCUGACCACGGCCAUCUUCACUGACCACUGGUACGAGACCGACACCCGGAGGCACAGGGCGGGCUGUGAGCGCGCUCCCAUCCCGGGGGCCGGCGGCGGAGGAGGAGGAGGAGGCGGCGGCGGCCGGGUCAUGCCCAUCCCGAACCUGCCGCUGAGGGAACGCAGCAAAGCCGAGGAGCCGGUGGUCCCGGGGCCCCGGGGUCCCCUGAGAGCCCUGGCCCCGUUCACCCCGGGCCCGGCCAGUGAGCAGGAGCUGCUGGAGAGCUGGCGGUCGGUGCUGGGGCUCGGCGUCUUCGAGUCGGACUGCAGCCGUCCCCUGUUCGCCAGCUACACUGGGCUCUGGAGGAAAUGUUACUACAUGGGCAUCGACCGAGACAUUGACCAACUCAUAUCCAAGGGAAUUGCGCAGAGAUGCACAUCUGUCAAGUAUCACUACUCGCAGCCUAUUCGUCUAAGAAAUAUUCCUUUCAAUCUUACGAAAACCAUCCAGCAGGAUGAAUGGCAUCUGCUGCAUUUGAGGAGAAUCACAGCUGGAUUCCUGGGCAUGGCAGCUGCUGUCCUGCUGUGCGGGUGUAUUGUCGCAUCAAUGAGCUUCUUCUGGGAAGAAAGUCUCACGCAGCAUGUGGCAGGCCUCCUUUUCCUAAUGGCAGGAAUCUUUUGCACAAUUUCUCUUUGCACAUUUGCAGCCAGCAUUUCGUAUGAUCUUUCACGUCAACCAAAAUUUAUCUAUGGCCUACCAAAUGAUGUUGACCAUGGGUACAGUUGGUCCAUUUUCUGUGCAUGGUGUAGCCUAGGGUUAACGAUGAUGGCAGGCUGUUUGUGCACUGCAUUGCCAUUCCUCAGCAGAACCAAGACAAUCCAUCAAAAGUCCAUCAGAGAUUCUUCUGUUUGA